UGCGCUGUCACUUCCGCUGUGACAGAACAUGGCGGCGGUUGACAGCUGGAGCUUUGAGUUAGGAAAAAGAUUCCUGGAUUUUUAUUGACUGCCUUGUUGUGUUUUGGUUUGAUGUCGACAGAUAAUUAUAUUUAGUUUAGUUAUUUUGUGAUUCCAACGCAUUAAAAGUCGCUUUUUUGUAUCGGAUGGCUGAUUAUCAGAAAAAGUACCCAAGGAGAUGAAAACUGGAUUCAGAUCAGCGGAACUAGAGCCAGCACCUAAUUCAAACUCAUCAAGAGUCAUCUGCAGAUUUCUUGGUGUAAAAACAGAAAGUUGGAUCCAAACGCUACAAACUGUUUUGACUCCGACUGGAACCGAAGUUUCCAUAGGAGGCCAGCUGUGUCUGCCAUGAGACUUGGAUGAGCCAGUCCAAACUCUGUAUAACGAUGGAACCAGUCUGACCUGGACUGAGUUGGACAGAUAGGGACAUGGAGAAGUUUGGGAUGAGUUUUGGUGGUGGUCCCAGCAGGAAGGAGCUGCUGGACACCAUCGAGUCUCAGAAAAAGCAGCUAGUCCAGUACCAGACCCGCUUUAAGGAUGUAGUCCGGGCCUACAAGAGUCUUCUGAAGGAGAAGGAGGCUCUGGAAGCCAGUCUAAAGGUCCUGACCGUUACCCAGGAUCUGGACCUUAAGCAGCAGAAGCAGGAUACUGCCAGGCGCCUGGACCUGCUGGAUGAUGGUAGCUCUCUGCACAGUGAGGACAGUGUGGACACAGCAGCAUCUGUGGACGCAGCCAGUGAGACCACGAGGGAGGCACAAAGCGAGGACGACCAGGGAGAACCGGGCCAGAGGUCUGGCUCUACGCCCGAUGCUGGCAGCAGCAGCGUGGAGGUGGAGCAACAGCAAACCCCAACGCUCUCCAUUAUGGAGGCUGACCGCCGCAUCGUCCAGCUAAAAGGGCAACUGAGCACACUCACUGCAUCCCUGGCCACUGUGACGCAGGAGAAAUCUCGGAUGGAGGCGAGCUUCCAGGCCGACAAGCGUCAGCUGAAACAGGAAGUGCAGGAGCUGCAGGAGCGUCUGGCAGCCGUGACGGCAGAGCAGGAGGCAGAGCUGCACGCUCUGCAGCAACAGGUGGCAGAGGGCCGUGCUCGCAUCAUCACACAGCAGCACGAGCGGGAGCAGGAGCAGGGAGACCAUGUCCAGCAGCUGAGAGAGCUGCAGAGACUUCUGCAGCAGGAGCGAGACCUGCAUCAGGACGCUGAGCUGCGUCUGCAUGACGCCAACACCGCCCUUCUCACCACCUCGCAGGCUGUGGACCGGGGGGCGGAGUCGGAGGCUCACCUGAACCAGGUGAGGGAGGAGAGAGACGAGCUGCGGAGGAGGCUGCACGCUGCUGAGGAGGAGCAAAAGAAACCAGAUCCCAGAGUGGAGGAGCUGCAGCGGGAACUGCAAGAGCUGAAGAACUGCUUCCGGCAGCAGAUCCACAACGAGACGAAGAAGGUGUGUGAGGCAGAGGAGCGUGCUCGUGAGCGAGCACAGGCUGCAGAGCUUCGGGUGGCAGGUUUGGAGCAGCGCGUCUCAGAGCUGUCAGAGCUGCUGGGAUCCUGCGAGAAGGCGAAGCAGCGGGACCAGCAGACAACUCAGAGACUGAGAGACCGGAUCCUGCAGCUGGACAAUGAGAACAAGACUCUGGCCAUCGCCGCCUCCAGCAGGUUGAGCACAGACCUAAGUCUGGAUGAGUCACAGCUGGACGUGGCUGUUCUGAAGGACAAACUGCAGAUGGUGAAGAAGCUGCUGCUUCUGGCAGCUCAGAAGAACCCAGAUCAGAACAUCCAGGAUCUGGCCGUUACGGAGGAGGAGCCUGGGGUGGACAAAACGACCACACUGGUUUACCAGCAGGAGCUGCAGCAGCUGAGGGAUGAGUUUGAGCGCUACAAGCUGCGUGCCCAGGUGGUGCUGAAGAACAAGACCACUAAGGAUGGCUGCCAGGCCAAGGAGCUGGAGGAGGUCCGGGAUCAACUGUCGGAGCUCCGGGAGAAGUACAUCACUCUUCGGAUCCAGAGUGACGAGGCAGAGGCGCUACACCGCCAGCAACUGGAGGAGCAGCAGCAGCAGAUGGUGGCGUUGCAACACUCUCACAAACAAGAGCUGGAGCAAGUGGAGGUACAGCACCGGAACCAGCUGCAGCGACUGGAGGCUGAGCUCCACAAACACCGGGAGAGGACGAUGGCACUGCUGGACGAGAAGGACCAAGAGCUGGAGAGGCUGCGAAGCGCUGUGCUCAGCUGCAGCCGCGAAACCAGCGACAUGGCCGACAGCCAGCAGGAGGCCGGUUCUGAUUGCGAAGGUGAUGUGGUCAGCCAGGCCCUGCGGCAGGCCACGCCCACAGAGUCCACAAUGCUUCUGUACGCCGAGCAAGUGGCACGCAAAGAGGUGGAGGUGGGCGGUCUCCGGCGGCAGAAGAACCGGCUCGAGGAGGACCUGCACCAACUGCAGGCCAGGCUCAUUGCCAGUGCUGAGCGGCACGAAGAGGAGACAGUGGAGCUGCGGGGCCGGCUUGACAAGCUAAUCCGGGACCAGAACAGAGAGGGUGCAAACUUGGAGUACCUGAAGAACGUCAUUUACAAGUUCCUGACACUGCAGGACAGUAGUGGGCGGCUGCAGACACUCAACGCCAUCCUGACCAUCCUGCAUUUCAGCCCACAGGAGAAACACGAUGUCAUGAAGCUGCAGGGGCCCGCCUGGUGGGGCCCCAUACGGAGGUGAACACCUGAAAGAGACACUUAAAUGGAAUCAAACGGACCGGUUUCCUUGAGACUUCAACCUGCACUCACCUGAAUAAUUCCACAAUUAUGACCAUGACUAACUCACUGUGACGAUUAAAGAUCGAAUCCAUCAGAUCAUUUAUAUAUUUUUGGAUUCUUUCUGGGAAAUAAACUAUUUUUUGUGUGUCA